UUCUGGAACAAAACAAGCGAGCUAUAACCGUAUAUAUAACGGCAGCCGGCUGCGACGACAUCACUUCACUUCUUGCACACAGCGAUCCGUUUCAUUUCCCUCCAAAUCAACUGAAGAUAGCUGCACCAUGCCCAAAAACAAGAAGCAACUUGAUUCAGACAGCGACUCAGACUCUGGGCCAGAAGAUAGGAACCCCCCACCGAGCAAAAAGCAGAAAGGAGGCAGCUCCUCAGCUGGGGGUGGCUCCAGCGAAACGCGCGUUGAGGGAGCAGAAGAGCCGACUUGGUCCAUUGACAGGAUGCGCCAUGUUAAGAUUCGUGAGUUUAAGGGAAAGGUCUAUGUUGACAUCAGAGAGUUCUACGAGAAGGAUGGCAAGCAGUUGCCUGGCAAGAAAGGAAUCUCACUAAGUGCUCAGCAGUAUCAAAAGUUGAAGAGUAUCAUUCCUGAAAUUGACGAGGAACUGAAGAAGCUGUAAUCCAUUUGUAGGAUUUUAAACAACUUUAAAAAUUCACGAAAACAUCAUUGCCAUCACCCAACGAUUUGUAUUGUAAUUAUAAUCAUUGCCAAAUCGCAAAAGUUUCUAAAACCCAUUUAUUGGGAAACAUCCAAGUUUUUUAAAUCCAAACAAAAUGUCAAAAACAUCUUAAAAGUUAACAUGGAUCGCUGCAUUCGCUGCCCAAUAGCUUUUGUUGUUGCUACCGUUUGUAAACGUUUCCUAAGAAAUGUCGGUAAAUAAAGAAAAGUUGUUGUAAAUA